AUGGCACAGCCGGACAUACCAACAGACCUUAGAUGGCAGGACACAACUGAAGAAGAGAUGAGGGGAUUCCUGGCCAUCAACAUCCUGACGGGAAUCAACCAGCUCCCCAAUGCCGAGAUGUUCUGGUCGUCCAAUCCCUUCAUCAACAAUGCUGGAAUCACCAACACCAUGAAAUGCAACAGGUUUCAGAAGCUGGUGCAGUACUUCCAUGUUGCGGACUGGUCGACUGAGCCAGGAAGGGGAGAGCCCGGGUACGACAAACUCUUCAAGCUGCGACCUGUCAUGGAGAGCGUCAGCCGGACAUUCCAGGACAUCUACACGCUCAACAAGGAGGUCCCCAUUGACGAGGCCAUGAUUGCGUUUACCGACCGCAUCAGCUUUAGACAGUAUAUGCCCGCCAAGCCGAUCAAGAGGGGAAUCAAGGUGUGGAUGCUCUGCGAUGCCAGGACAGCCUUCCUUGCUCGUUUUGAGGUAUACCUGGGGAGACAGAAUAACCAGACGGAACAUGGACUUGGCCACAACGUUGUGAUGAGGCUAGUGGACCACAUCUACCACUCCUUCUGCUGGUUAUUCUUCGACAACUUCUUCACAGGUAUACCUCUCAUGAAGGAACUCCUGGAGAAGGGCCUCUACGCCUGGGGGACUGUCAGGAUCAACAGGAAGGGAUUCCCGAGCCAGUUGAAGAAACCAGCAGAGGUACAACAGCGCGGAGACUUCAAGAUCAUGCAGAUGGGCGGCACCAACCUGACUGCCACUGUGUGGAAGGACACGCGACUUGUUCACCACUUGUUCAUGUUGAAACCCUACCGUCAUUUUACCUGUACAGUGACGAUGUGGAGUCAACGUCCUGCAGCUACAGUCGCCACACAGUGUGAACGUCUACAACAUUAA